AUGCUGGAACGUCAGGACAAAUGUCAGUCGCGCGUGUAUCUGGAAAUGGCCGAAGAGGAGGAGUUCAAGAAAAUGUAUCGAAUUUCGGAGAACGAACUGAUGUUCGCCGGUUUCCCCGAGACGGAGAGACGCAGAGUUUUACUAGAGCAAAACGAGAAAAUGCGACAGAAAUAUGAGAAUGAGAGUCUCUACUACAUGCUGUGCAAAUCCUGGUCGGGACAUGUCAAAAAUUGGGAAUCGCGAUUCAGAAGACCCUUUCCCGGAACAUCAUUGCUCACCGUUCAUCGAACGACGACGUCUUCAAAUGGCAAUGGCAUCCCCCUAAUCACCCUAGACGACAAUGAGCAAUCUACAGUAACCCAAGGAAUGACGUCAUCGACGGAUUCAUCUGAAGGCAGUACUGUUGACGUCGAGAUGACGUCUUCUAGAGAGACUUCAGAAGACGUGAUGGAAGUAGAAGACGUCGUCGCUGGAGAAGGAAAUCAGACGCCUUCAGAAUCCGCUUCAGAUGACCACGACGAUUCGAGUGAGAAUCUAUUCAACGAAUUCUUCAUUCCGAAUUCAGAAGACGUCGCAUCGCCACGUCCACUAGAAGACGUAACGAUGAUUCGGAAUCCUCUGAAUGUUGUUUCGGAAUUUCCAACGACUUCAGAUUCUCAACCGGACGAGGAUCUUUUCGGAGAAUUCUUCCAAAUGAAUUCAGAAGACGUCACGGCUUCUGAAUCUCCAACGAUGUCUGGAAUCGGUCAAGAAGACGUCAGGGGAGAUUUUCGAAGAAUAUCGAUCGAUGAGGACAGAAUUCAAGGAGGUCAAGAUUCAGAAGACGUCAAACCUUCAGAAUCACCACGUCAAAAUCUGACGUCUUCAGAAUUGCCACGCCAUCAGAAUCCGGAGAUUUCAGAAGACGUCAAAUCAGAAAGCUCUCCAGAAGUAAAACUAGAAGACGUUCGGAAUUCAGAAUCUCUAAAAGACGACGUUCAAAGGGCUCCAGAAUCGCCACUUUUUCAGAAUCGAGAAUUUCUAGAAGACGUCAAAGAAGGAGCUCCAGAAGACGUCGUCAAAAUUGAGAAUCCAGAAUAUCUAGAAGAGUCACGUCUUCAGGAUCUUCCGACGACUUCAGAAUCAUUAGAAGUGCCACGUCUUCAGGAUUCGUAUCCUGACGUCAUCAUCCAACGCCCAGAAGACGUCCCAGUGUUAUCAGAAGUGCCACGUCAUAAGAAUCAUCCAGAAUCUUCAGAAGAUGUUGAAAUUCAGAAGGCCAAAUCGCCAGAAGACGUUCGGGAUAAGGCGCCAGAAUCUCCAGAAGACGUCGAGAUGGAAUCUCCAGAAUUGCCCCAACAUCAGAAUCCAAAAUUAUCAGGAGACGUUGAAAUUCAGAAUUCCAAGUCUCCAGAAUCGCCACGUCAUCUAUGUCCAAAUCCUUCUGAAAACGUUCAGCGCCCAGAAGACGUUCCAAUGAAGGCUCUAGAAUCUUCAGUUGACGUUAGAAUUGAUUCUCCAGAAGUUGUCCAAGCCAAUGCUUCGGGAUCUCCACGUCAUCAGGAUCCAAAAUUUUCAGAAGACGUUGAAAUGGAAUCUCCAGAAGUCGACAAGGAAAAGUCUCCAGAAUCUUCUGAAGUCGUUCAGGGAAAAGCCCCUGAAUCCCCACGCCAUCUGAAUCGAGAAUCUGCAGAUGACGUUGAAAUUCAAAAGGCUGAAUCUUCGGAAUCUUCAUGUCAUCUGAAUUCUGAGUCUCCAGAAGACGUCCAGCGCCCAGCAGCCUCUCCAGAAGACGUUGAAAUUCAGAAGGCCAAAUCGGCAGAAGACGUUAAGAUCGAAUCUUCAGAAUUCGUCCAGGAACAAUCUCCAGAAUCUCCACGUCAUCUGAGUCCAAACCCUUCAGAAGUUGUCCAACGCCCAGAAGACGUUGCUCCAGAAUCUCCACGUCGUCAGAAUCCUCCAGAAGACGUCAAAAUCCGGGAAUCCGAAUCUCCAGAAUCCGAAGAAGGCGAUCCAUUUCAUCUGAAUCUUUUAGGAACUCCACGUACUUCUCAAGACAUCUCAGAGCCGUCGUCACGUCUUCUAGUGAAUCCGGCUCCAGAUGUCGACGUGCCUGAAGACUCUGAAUCUUCGAAAUGA